UCGUGUGCUUCAUUCCAGUGCACAAGCCGAGCGAAGCAGACUGUCCACACUGCAGCCAAAGCUGAUACAUUCGCUCAGGGAAUAAAUCUAUAUAAACCGCGCGGCUGUUUCUUUACAGGAAUACCACUUGAUCGUGGACGCAUGUGAGCGUGCACAUGCCAGGCUGGGACUGUACACCAUGGCUCUGACACAAGUGCGGCUAUCUCUGCCUCUGCUCCUCUGACCACAGAGAAAGUCUUUGGAUCUCCUCGCGAAGGCUGUUAUUUCUUUUUUUCCCUCUCCCCAUUGACUAACAACGACAUAUUGCUGGAAAUCUUCUCUGGAUGGUGACCGCGGACUGGACUACCUGUUUUCAGCUGAUUCGCUCAAUGCGAGGGGAAGGGACUGGAAGUCUUGCGUCCGCUGCCUUUUCUCUGGUUUAAUAAGGCGCGUUGGAGAUCACUGAAAAUCGAGAAGGGCUGCUGUAUUCACACUUUUUACACUAAGGGUGUUAUUUCCUCUGAACAAUCACCUUUACGUGUUUUUGGUGAAUGGGGGUAACUCUGGUCCUGGGGGCUUGACACAGCUGGGACUGGGACGGGACUGGGUGCGUGGAGCGUCAAAUCACCCAGGAUUGUGUUCCCUUCUCUCUCUCUCUCUCUCUCGUGGGUCUAUUUACAUGUCCGACCCGACUGCUUUAUGACAAUGGAUUACUUUCUGCUUUUAUGCAGCCUCUUGCUGCCUGUGGUGUCCGCCGUUGAAGAGACGCUGAUGGACACGAAGUGGGCCACGACCGAAUUAGCCUGGACUGCACACCCUGAGACCGGGUGGGAAGAGGUGAGUGGCUACGAUGAUGCCAUGAACCCCAUCCGGACAUACCAAGUCUGCAAUGUACGUGAAGUCAACCAGAAUAACUGGCUACGCAGUGACUUCAUCCCACGAAAGGAUGUGCUGCGUGUAUAUGUGGAGAUGAAAUUCACAGUGCGCGAUUGCAACAGCAUUCCCAACAUCCCAGGUUCCUGCAAAGAGACCUUCAACCUCUUCUACUAUGAGUCUGACUCAGACUCAGCCACAGCCACCAGCCCUUUCUGGAUGGAGAACCCUUAUGUGAAGGUUGACACUAUUGCCCCAGAUGAGAGCUUUUCCAUGCUUGAGUCUGGCCGGGUAAACACAAAAAUCAGAAGUUUUGGACCAUUGUCCAAAGCCGGGUUUUACUUGGCCUUUCAGGACCUUGGCGCUUGCAUGUCGCUCAUCUCAGUGAGGGUCUUUUACAAGAAGUGCUCCACCACCAUCGCCAACUUUGCCGUUUUCCCGGAGACAGCAACUGGGGCUGAGGCAACCUCUUUAGUCAUUGCGCCAGGAACUUGUGUCCCCAACGGCGUGGAGGUGUCCGUGCCAUUGAAGCUUUAUUGCAACGGAGACGGCGAGUGGAUGGUUCCCGUAGGAGCCUGCACCUGCUCGUCUGGCUUUGAACCAGCCAUGAAGGAUACCCAAUGUCAAGCUUGCAGCCCUGGCACCUUCAAGUCCAAACAGGGAGACAGCUUCUGUUUGCCCUGUCCCGCCAACAGCCGCGCCAGCUCAGGAGCAUCCAGCGUUUGCUCCUGUCGAAACGGUUUCUACCGCUCAGACACCGAUUCUCCCGACUCCCCCUGUACCACUAUUCCUUCUGCACCACGCAGUGUCAUCUCCAGUGUGAACGAAACCUCACUCGUGCUGGAAUGGAGCGACCCACGUGACUUGGGUGGCCGUGAAGACAUCUUCUACAACGUCAUCUGUAAGAAGUGCCUGCCUGAGCGAGGAAUGUGCUCACGGUGUGACGACAACGUCGACAUCUCGCCACGCCACCUGGGCCUGACCCAGCGCCGCGUUGCCGUCCGUAACCUACAAGCUCACACACAGUACAGCUUUGAAAUCCAGGCAGUCAACGGUGUUUCCAACAAGAGCCCAUACACACCUCAGUUCUCUGCAGUGAACAUCACCACAAAUCAGGCCGCUCCGUCUGCAGUGCCCACAGUUCACCUGAUGGCGGCCACAGCGAGCACCAUGAGCCUGUCCUGGCUGCCUCCAGAGAAACCCAACGGAAUCAUUCUGGAUUAUGAGAUUAAGUACCAUGAGAAGGUAAGCAGCAAUGAUCAGGGUGAGGCCAUCGCCCAUACCAUGACUGCCCAACGGAGCAACGCCCGCAUUGAAGGUCUCAAGGCUGGUACGCCUUAUGUAAUACAGGUCCGUGCCCGAACAGUGGCCGGUUAUGGUCGUUACAGCAGCCCAGCAGACUUCAGCACCAACCUGCAAACCGACCCUCCAAAGCCAUGGCAGGAGCAGCUGCCACUCAUCGUGGGAUCAGCCACCGCCACCUUGGUCUUCAUCAUUGCAGUUGUGGUCAUCGCUCUCGUCUGCCUCAGAAAGCAGAGAAAUGGUUCAGAGUCGGAAUACACAGAGAAACUGCAGCAGUACAAAUCCCCUAUAGUAACGCCGGGAAUGAAAGUCUACAUUGACCCCUUCACCUAUGAGGACCCCAACGAGGCCGUGCGCGAGUUUGCCAAGGAGAUCGACGUCUCCUGCGUGAAGAUCGAGGAGGUCAUUGGCGCAGGUAACCCACCAAAGCUCCUGAGCUACAGGGGGAAGACUGCUAGUCACCUCCAGGCCAUACCGUUAGAGGACUUCACACCAAGCGGAGAGUUUGGCGAGGUGUGUCGCGGUCGCCUCAAACUACCUGGGCGCCGGGAGAUCAUCGUAGCCAUCAAGACUCUCAAAGUGGGCUACACUGACCGCCAGAGGCGAGACUUCCUGUCUGAGGCUUCCAUCAUGGGCCAGUUCGACCACCCCAACAUUAUCCGUCUGGAAGGUGUGGUCACCAAGAGUCGGCCAGUGAUGAUUGUGACUGAGUUCAUGGAGAAUGGAGCCCUGGACUCUUUCCUAAGGCUCAAUGACGGGCAGUUCACAGUGAUCCAGCUGGUUGGCAUGCUGCGUGGUAUCGCAGCAGGCAUGAAGUACCUGUCAGACAUGAACUACGUGCACAGAGACCUGGCUGCCCGUAACAUCUUGGUCAAUAGUAAUCUGGUGUGUAAGGUGUCUGAUUUCGGCCUAUCUCGUUUCCUCGAGGAUGACCCUUCAGACCCCACCUACACCAGCUCCCUGGGAGGGAAAAUUCCCAUUCGCUGGACGGCUCCCGAGGCGAUUGCCUACAGGAAGUUCACCUCGGCAAGUGAUGUGUGGAGCUACGGCAUCGUCAUGUGGGAAGUGAUGUCGUAUGGCGAGCGGCCGUACUGGGACAUGAGCAAUCAAGAUGUGAUAAAUGCUGUGGAGCAGGAUUAUCGACUGCCCCCACCCAUGGACUGCCCCACAGCACUGCACCAGCUCAUGUUGGACUGCUGGGUCAAAGAGAGGAACCUGCGACCCAAAUUCACCCAGAUUGUGGCCACGCUGGAUAAGCUUAUCCGCAAUGCUGCCAGCCUCAAGGUGGUCACCAACAGCGCACAGUCUACUGGGGUAUCCCAGCCCUUGCUUGACCGCUGUGUGCCAGACUAUACCACUUUCACCACUGUGGGGGACUGGCUGGACGCCAUCAAGAUGAGCCGCUACCGUGAUAACUUCGUCAACGCCGGAUUUGCUUCCUUUGACCUGGUGGCCCAGAUGACAGCAGAGGACUUGCUGCGGAUAGGGGUAACGUUGGCCGGCCAUCAGAAGAAGAUUCUCGGUAGCAUUCAGGACAUGAGACUACAGAUGAACCAAACACUUCCUGUCCAGGUGUGAGCGACAGGACCCACAGACAGAUGCAGUCGAAGGACAGCCAGACAGAAAAGGGGGAGGAACUGUGCCAGAGAGAGCUAUUGGAAACCCUCGCUGCCUGACCCAUCUCUGCCAAUUAGACGCUAUGAAACUGGCUUGCAGUGCCUCUGACUAUUUUUUUUUUUCUUUAUUACACUACCACUUCCAUUACCUGUUCCUGCUUUUUUGUUAUUCGUCAUAGUUUCUUUUUCCAUCCAAUCAGAAUUUGUGUGUAUUCGAGAGGAAGAAGAGUUAGCCCCCUUUAUAUCCCAUGCGUGCCUCACCAGCUCUGGUGUGGGUUGACGUUUGCAUGCAUGUGUGUUUUAGUGAGGUUGGCCUUAGCCCUGUAACUGGAAUGUCACACUCUGAUCCUCACGCAAGAGCCCCUCCCCGUGACCUCUCAACACAGUUUUGAUGGACGUAAUAUAUAGUAAAGAAUGAACACCCUGGUAUAAAUAAGUGAACAAAACAUAAAACUAAACAAAAAAAAAAUAACAGGUGUUUCGGAGCCCACAGAAGAUGGAGGACUAUCCUUUCCCUGAUAGAAGUUGUUUUACUGUGCACGUGUGUGUCGUUCUCCAUCUUCAUAUUGAAGGUGUGUUAUCUAAAAGGGCACUUGCUGGAAAAGGGUGAGGUGGUGGAAGAGGAUAUAUGAUGGGCUGAGGUCAAAGGUCAAGAGGAUGACAGAGGUCUGAAAGGUCCAAGUAGGGCAGCCACAUUUUGGACACACGUUUUGGCUGCUGAAUCCUCAAUAGGUCACCAGAUGAACUCUUCACCCCGACCUGAAGUGACUCAGGAUAGCUCCACAGAUUGGGAUCACCUGCUCAUCAACUGUGUAUUAUUUUUGUUUGUCCACACACCUUUUUUUGUGGCUUUCUUACACAUUUUUUGGGAGAUUUGUGGUUUCAAAAUGGCCGGUCAAACCUAAGUAACCCCCACUGGACGCUAUAUGUGAUUAAGGGGGAGACGAGGACUGUGGCAACACUAUAGAAAGACCAGUUGGCCUUUUGUGUGCGUUUUUGUAUGUGUGCGUGCGCAUGUGUGCGUGUAUGUGUGAUUAAGUGUGCUUGGAUGUGCGGGUGUGUCAAGUUGCACACAAGUAUACUGUACAAUACAGCUUCCGCUAUUUGCCACCGUGGAGAAUUAACGCAUGAACUGAACCGUGACAAGGAGCAAAUAUAUCUGAAACAAUUACGCUAUAUUCUGUGGACAACUGUUAAACAUUUUUUUAUUGAGUCCAAAAAAAUGAACUUAGGACAUACAUAUAUAUAUAUAUAAAAUUAUAUAUAUAUGCAACAUGAUGAAACUGAGAGAAACCAUGAUGGACACCUUACUUUCUACUUACUAUUAUCUGGAUUUAGAAAUAAUCAAAAUUGUUUUAAUUUCUUGACAUCCUGCCCUAUGUAUUUAUUUGUACCUCGCCCUCCAACCCCCGCCCCCCACACCAACACCCAGAUGGACUGUAUUUGGGACAGUGGACUUGGAACAAUCAGAAGAAAGAGAAACUCCAAGAGGAUUCACCUAAUGAAUUGCUGAUUAUUAAACAUAAGAAAUUGCAUAUAAAUUGGAUAUUGUAUUUUUGUUGUUGUUCUAAACAGCCUGUACAUGUUUUGUAACAAAAACACGAUAAAUAACAAAAGAAAAGUGGUGUUUUGACAAAAUAGAAGUGUUGUUGUGGAAUGUUUGCUUUAGAGUGAAAUGAACAGAAAGCAGAGUAAGAGAGAAGCGAGAGAAUGGAUAAAGUCAGGAGGUAGAGAGGAGAAGAUGAACAACUACUGUCACCCUUUUGCUCUCCGUCCAUUUUUGUGUGAGUGUCUGUGUAGAUGUGUUCAAGUCUGUGUGUGCCACCUGAACUGGAUAUUAAGCAUCCCCAAUCCAUUCUCAUUCUCAACAGGAAGAACAUCUGUGAAGCACUAAGCUGUUACUAUUUAUCUUCUAGGCACAUUUUUUCCAACUUCCUGCAAACCACUCAAAUGCUUCCCUUUAACUAGGUUUUAAUUUUACUUAUUUACCAUCGCCUCAAACAAUCCCCCCCUUCUUGGAAGUUAAGGAGUCAUUAGGGGGAAGGUCCAGAGAUGAUGCAGCCUAGCUGCCAAUCAUUUAAAUCGCUCCAUCACUCAACCUGCAGUUUGCCUCCCUGCAACAGGAUGCUCAUCAGUGAAUCUAGAGCUGUCAAGUGAAACCUAUUGGUCUUUGUCUGUCAGGUCAGUUGCCAAUCUGGCAUUGCGAGGAUACGAGCAGGCAGUGAGCGCAGACAUACGGUGGACUGACCUAUCAUUAUCUCUCUUCAUUUCCUGUCUGGCCUGCAAUCAUCCUGUCUCAGCUCAGACUGCUGCGUGAUUAGUACAGUGCAGGAUCAACAGCCCUGGCAAGCAGACAGCCCCAAAUCUGCAGACCCCCUCAUCCUAAAUGAUAGCAGCUGCAUCACGGAGACCAUACUAUUUGCACUUCUCACAGAGGGGUGUUUGAAGGUAGUGGAUUAAGGGAUGGGGAUGUACCACUGGUGUGAUUUUCCAGACAGUCUCCAUAUUGUUAGGGUUGGAGCUAAUCAAUGCAAUAUGUGAAUAUUAUUAGUUAGGUGUGUAAUGAUAGCGUGAUGUUAGUGGCCAUGCAGUGUGUCUUCCCAUAUUGCUUUUGUCAGCUUCUCUUAAGUCCUUUCAAAAGCCAUGAAAGGAUAUUAUGCAAAACAAUGUGUUUCCUCUUUUAUAUUGUUUCAUCUUUUGUCACAAAGACUUUUUCACUAGUACACUCUGUUAAGGGCUUACUAAACUGUAACAGUUGUAGGGCACAAUCAAGUAGUAAUUUAACUGUUGUGUACUCAAACUAUACAGGUAAUAAGUCUCAUGGCUGAGAAUCAGAAGCGCAGGUAUAUUUAGCAAGAUUUGUUGUCACCAUGACAAAGUGUUGAAAGUGCCUGUUACAUGAGCAAACAUUUUUUUUCUUGAUGUCAUUCUGCAGAAUUAUUUUGUUUCUCCCCAAAGCAAAACAACACGUUGAUUGGAAAAGAGUGACAGAGUCUACUUUUGGAGAUGAGACAAGAGCAGAAUUAAUGCAAUCAGAAGCUCACUUUUACCCAAAGUCUCCCAGGAAUAUACAAUAGUACUGUCUCCUGCACUCAGCUCAAUCAUUCAAUCAGCUAAGUCACUGUUGCAAAAUUGCAUGUGGCACCAAAAACGACACAGUUGAUGAGCAUAAAAAUAGAGCGGGGGGGGCAUAUGGGGGUUAAACACAAUCACAUGGCAGACAUGCCCACUCAUGAAAAAUGGCAGCGCUUUUGAGGUUUAUGAACUGUUGAUGAGGUGCACAUGGUGCGCUGGGGUCUGGAGUUGUGUUCUCCAAAGUCAACUGGCCGUGAGUGAUGAGCUCAACUGGUACUGUUGCUCAUCUUAAAAUGAUUAAACCGCUGCCACAUGAACUGCAAACAAUUAAUCUUUAAGUGGAUUUUUCACACAUUCAUGGGAGUAUUUAAUAUUUAACAUUCACAGAGGAAAGAAACUCCUCCUGACAGCACACAUUGCUGAAAUUAGUUAUGUUUGUGUGUGUGUGUGUGUGUGUGUGUGUGUGUGUGUGUGUGUGUGUGUGUGUGUGUGUGUGUGUGUGUGUGUGUGUGUGUGUGUGUGUGCGCGUGUGUGAAACAAAAGGAAUGCUUUUUUAUACAGAAACACUUUGAUCAGCAGAGUUUAGGCUUUGGCAGAUGUGGUUGUCGCUUUGUGUGCCAAUAGGAUUCAAACUUUCCCAACAUUCCUUCCACCUUUCUUACAGCCUCCACAGAUCGUCAAACACACCCACCCUUCCUGAAACCCCUCCACUUCCAACUCUCUGACUUUCUUUUCUUCAGUUGUCUGUUUUAAAUAAAUAUAUACAGUACUGUCUUUUCUUCUGUCUUCUAAAAAAGCUCACUCCACAUCUGUCUUCUGGUCACUUUUGAAAACCCUCUCUUCAUACAAGGCAGUGAGAUGUUUCAGAGAGUGCUGUACAUGUAUAGUGAACUGCGAGGGGUGGGGGUGAGGGGGACGGCGUAAAGUGCUGAGAAAUGCAAUUCCUCUUUGAAAAGCAUUACGAUGUAUUUAAUGGUGCAGACAUACACAACGAAUUACUAAAAAAUGAUGAUACAUUCUUGUAGAAAUAUUUUUAAAAGACCCUUUUGCAAUUAAAUUAUUUAAGAAAUGUGA